GCGGGUUGAUUUGAUUUGGAUCGGUCGUCGACAGCAAAUAACGCUGGCGAAAAGCUUUCAAGUAUGUUGAAAAGAAGUUAUCAAGCAGGUUUGGACAUGGAGCGUUCCAGACUCACACUAGAUGGUGACGAUAACAAAAAAACGGGUAGACUAACAUGGACGUUAAUUCUCACAUGUUUUCUUUGUGUGUUUGGCUCUUCGAUCGUCCACGGCUACAGCAGCGGGGUUCUCAAUGCACCUGAAUUUACAAUCCAGGCAUUCUACAACGAUACUUAUAUCUAUCGAUUCCAAGAACCAAUUCAAAAAUCCCUUUUGAAUUUUCUGUGGGCAUUGACAAUCUCAGUCUAUCUUGCCGGAGGAAUGGUCGGGAUUUUCACCGCUGGAUAUUUUGCUGAUAAAUUUGGAAGGAAAAGAGCCUUGCAGUUCAGUCAUGUAUUCGCCUUUCUCGCUGUAGUUUUAUUUGGGAUAUCACGACCUACGGGAUAUUUUGAAUUGCUUAUUGUUGGUCGGGUUAUAAUUGGAUUUUCUACUGGCAUUGGAAGUGGAAUUGUUCCGAUGUACUUGACAGAAAGCUCUCCUAAACACAUUCGUGGAUCGCUUGGUGUUCUGCAUCAACUUGGCUUGACCAUUGGAAUCUUAAUUUCACAAAUUCUAGGACUUGAGGAACUCUUAGGUGGGGAUGAGUUGUGGCCAGUUCUUUUAAUCUUCUCAGCCGUUCCUGGAUUCAUUGUAUCCUUCUUUCUUCCUUUUGUCCCUGAAAGUCCCCGAUACCUCCUGAUCAUGAAGAAAGAUGAAGAGAAAGCUAAACAAGCGUUGAAAUCAUAUCGAGGAGAAGACCACGAUGUUAGGGACGAUAUCGCAGAAAUGAGAGAAGAACAGAGGCAACUAGAGGAUGAACCCCCCUGGACUAUGAAACAAUUAUUGAAAGCAAAAAGACUUCGUUUUCCAUUGUUACUGUUGUGUGGUCUGCAAGCUGGACAGCAAUUGUCAGGAAUUAACGUGGUGUUUUAUUACUCUACUGGGAUUUUCAAGGAAGCUGGUAUCCCAAACGAUUAUGUGCGUUAUGCUACCCUUGGAACUGGCUUUAUCAAUGUGGCAACAACAGUAGCAGCGGUUUACCUCAUGGAAAAGGCAGGCAGGCGACCACUGUUAUUGUACGGAAUGAUUGGCAUGGGAAUAUCUGCUGCCAUUAUUACCGUUGGACUUAAUGUCAAGAGUGUUGCACCUGGAAUUUCGUAUCUUAGUUUUGUUUGCACCUUGACUUUUGUUAUCUCGUUUGCUAUUGGGUUAGGUCCUAUUCCACUGUUUCUCGGCGGAGAACUGUUCAAACAAGGGCCAAGAGCAGCCGCUAUGAGUUUCUCCGGAAUGUUAAAUUGGCUUGCAAAUUUUGCUGUUGGAAUAACGUUUCCUUUUAUACUGGCUGGCUUUAAAGCUUUCACGUUCCUUCCAUUUUUGGCCGUGGUCGGGAUUGGCGCGAUAAUAACAUUUAAAUUUGUGAAGGAAACUAAGAAUAAGAGUUACGAAGAGAUAGCUCGCAUGUAUUAUGGUAAAGAUGAUGUGAAGGAAGAUGAUGAAGCGGUUGACAUGACAGAAUUGAACGAAAGUGACAGAAAGUACUUAGAAUAGAAAGUUAAACUUACAUCCACUUGAGGUUGU